AUGUUUUCAGAAACCACCUCUCCUACUCUAGAAACCAUUUGCACGGUACGAGCUCACACUGCCUUGGAAUCAUGUCCUAUAACCCGGAACGAGCGUGUCAAUACUGCAAGUCUUUGGCGCAUAUUGAUAAAUACUGUCCUAAAUUCAAGAGUUGCAUCUACUGCAAAGGAGACCAUAACAUCAUCAACUGUACGAAGAUUACGUGCAGAAGAUGCAAAACUAAAGGGCACCAUCAACUUAUCUGCCCGAAUACGCCAGACUGUAUCUUUAGACGUUAGCUUGAACUCGAUGCCAGGGAGAUCGAAGCAACAUGGGAUGUUCACCACUAAGAGACAGAGCUCAGUAUCAGAAUUGAUCUCUUUUAAAAGACAGAGGCCAUUGGACCGUUACACUUCAGUAAAUCUGAAUAUAUCUGUCCAGUCACCCGAGCAUUCGGACAAGACGUGGUUUGCUAUCGAUGAAAGCGUGAGGGGUGGAUUAUUACCGGGAUCAUCAUCGCCUCAUUGCAAUUACCCGGAGAUCAUUGAUGAGCAUGGUGGUGUGGAGAAAGUAACAGAAUCUCUGAUCCACCUUAUAGGUCCACACAUUAUCCAGUUCCAGGGCCAUGAAGUAACAAGAACUGCACUGAACGCAAUUAUCUGUCAACAAAGUGAUAGUAAUGAGCCCUGGAAUAUGCCUUUAGGUUACGCAAGCAUUGUAUGUGAUGACCGAGAUACAUCAUGGUGGAGGUUAUAUAUAGGCCAAUGCUCUUUAUCAUGGCGGCGGAUUGUGUGCCAACAUGCCCAGCAAAUUAUCAAAGGAUCAACAGCAAGUCUCUACUACUUUAAUCUGUGGAUAGGAAACGGUCAUCGAUAUGCUAGGUUUAUCAAGCUUUGGGGUUUCCCUAAGAACACGGUGACUGAUGGAUGGUAUCAAGCCUGCAGCAAUCUACUUGAGGCCCUGUUCUGCAGAGCUUUCAGGACCCAUCACGGAAUGUUGAAUCGACUGGGGUCAAAGUACCAGAAUGAUGGUAAGGCCUCAACCUUGGGAUGGGGUCUUAAUAUAAUGUCACCGCUCGUGCAGGGAAAUUUGGCCCUGAACAAAGAACUUCGGACCAAGGCAAAUAUUGGUCCCAGUAAGGCACCAGAUAGACAGAUCCAAUACUGGGCCGUUUUCAACUCACGACAGAAGGCAGCUGCUGAGAAGAAAAGACGGAAAGAAAGUAUCAAGGCUGUGUUCGAGAAAGAUUUCGACAUUGCAUUACAAAUAGCUCUGAAUAAUGACGAAGAGGCCUUUAACAAGAUCAGAGAAUCACUCCAGCUACAACAAGAAACAUCCAAUUUCAGUGAAGAUUUGGCUCAUAUACCCUUUUGCGGUAGUUUGACCUCCGAAGUGGCCGCAAUCCUCGACUAUGCUGCUGUUUCAGGGGCGAAUGAUACGCCCAUGAGGGCUAGUAAUAUUGACGACGAGCAGCAAAUGCUCACAAUUCCAUGGUCUCUGGAUGGAUGUGGCUUUACUGAGGAAAACAUUCUCAUCUGGACCUACGACUUUAAAAGUUUUACGAGUAUAGGUCUUAAGCAUCUUGGUCAUGAUAUUCUGACAUAUCCUGAUGCCAGAAAGUUCCAUGAGACUUUGCUCGCAAACAGCCAAGCUAAGAUUAUUUUUCUAUAUGGGCCUCAAUCAGAGAAGCUUAUACGAGCCAUUUACGAUAUUAGACCGUUUUUUUGUGAAAACAGCAGGGUUAUUGGUUAUAUCUUGCGCCAAGCAAGGAAAGAAAGACUCGGAGGAGAACCUUUGACUGCUAACACUGUGGACGAGGCUGAAGAUAUUAAAGAAAUAGAGAAGAUUGCUGGCUCACUUACUCGCGGCCUUUUAAUGGUUUUGAAAUUCCUUCCAAGGAGACCGAAAAGUGAUGGGAAUGAAUCCAAAGAAAGAAGCCCGCAGCCCAGCAGGAGAGCCACUGAAAGGGUGAGGGUUCAUGAAUCCUUCGAUGUGGAGCAGUAUCAAAAGAUAGGAGACUUUGUUCACAAGCAUCUAGACGAGCGGGAGUCACCGCGGCCUCAAGACAAGGAGAGAUGUUCUACUAGCUCUGAUAAAGGAGGAACUGAUGCGCCAUCCACUGAUCCGGAGUCUAUUGCAGCACUGAAAUGCUUUUCACAAUGGCAGGGUCAAGCAUUUCAGACGGGCGCAGCAGAAAUGAAAAGACUGGUAGAACAGUGUCAGGCCGAGGCAGGAGAUAGGGACUACGAAGCUCCCAUUGAUAUCCUUCAUGGCCUCGCAGCCAGAGUUAUAGGUGAAGGUUUUCUUGACCCCGUCGGUGUCACUGCUGCACAUUCCGUCAUCGCUGGGGCUAGUGACAAGAAGCGGCAGGGCGUGAAAAGUGUUGUGUGGAAAAAUGAAGACGUCCGAAAUCGUGAAUAUAUCUAUAAGCUUAAAGACCAGCUCAAGCGCCACAUCUAUAUCUACUAUUGCGAGAUUCUGUUCCCGGCUAAUAUGGAUAUCUUAGAUGAAAUGGUCUUUAUCAAACUAGAGCUUUGUCCUGCGGGAGAAAUACAUACAAGUCUAUAUGCAACCUCAAGCUCUGAAGCUCACGAUGAUCCGGCCCUAAGUCUAGCCUUCCGGGUUAGAUACAUCGAUACUUUCAGUCGUGAAGUGGUAUACUAUGCAACAAAUCCAGCCAUUAAUAUGGUUUUCAGGGCGAACACCUUGGUGGAGGUUCUGGAGAAGAAAUCAUUGGAGGAUAUUUCGCAGUUCCCGAGACGGUUUAUCCACAUUGGUAGUCAAAAUAAUGCUCAUCCCUUGCUUGAACGCUUUAGGCGUGGGGGGAAUACCAGCCCACUUCCUCGUUAA